AUGGAUUUGGAACAUCGUAUUAAAGCGUAUCGCUUCGUCGCCUAUUCGGCAGUCACUUUCUCAGUUGUCGCUGUUUUGUCAGUAUGCGUUACUUUGCCAAUGGUUUACAAUUAUGUUCACCAUGUCAAGCGUACCAUGAACACUGAGAUUAAUUUCUGCAAAGGAUCGGCUAAGGAUAUCUGGAGCGAGGUUAAUCACUUGAAAUCUCUUCCAUCUGCUAACAGAACCGCCCGUCAAGCUGGUUAUGAUGCUGGAGUUACUGGAGGAUCUGCGACCGCUGGAGGUUGCGAUGCUUGUUGCUUGCCAGGAGCCGCUGGACCAGCUGGAACUCCAGGAAAGCCAGGACGACCAGGAAAGCCGGGAGCACCGGGACUUCCAGGAAAUCCAGGACGCCCACCACAACAACCAUGCGACCCAAUCACUCCACCACCUUGCCAACCAUGCCCACAAGGACCAGCUGGACCACCAGGACCACCAGGACCAGCCGGAGAUGCGGGAGCCAACGGAAACCCAGGACAAGCUGGACAAGACGGAGCACCAGGACAACCAGGAAACAAGGGACCAGCCGGACCAAACGGAAAUCCAGGAGCUCCAGGAGCACCAGGACAACCUGGACAAGACGCACCAUCUGAGCCAAUUGUUCCAGGAGCACCAGGACCAGCUGGACCAGCCGGGCCACAAGGACCAGCCGGACAACCAGGACAACCUGGACAAGACGGACAACCAGGAGCACCUGGACCAAAGGGACCAAAUGGAGCACCAGGACAACCAGGAGCUGAUGGAAAUCCAGGAACACCAGGAGAGGCCGGAACCCCAGGAAGCUCGGGAGAAAAGGGAAUCUGUCCAAAAUACUGUGCUAUCGAUGGAGGAGUCUUCUUCGAAGAUGGAUCACGUCGUUAA